AUGGCGGACAGGCGCCGCCGUUCCCAGUGUGCUGUGUGUGUCGGAAGUGAUGCAUCACACACGUUUCCUCUUUCUUUCUGCAGCAGGAACCGUUGGCUGCUGGGCAAGGGGGGCGCGGUGGAUAGUGACCUUUGCCCCGACCUCGUCGUGGGGUCCCAGCGCAGCUCCCCGCAGCCCGCCUGCUCCCCCAGACCUUGUUUCCGGCUCUCGAGCUCCCGGCGUGAUGUUACUGUUUCUGCUGCUGCUUCCCCUGUGCGAGGCGGUGGAGGUCAAGCGACCCCGGGGCGUCUCCCUUACGAAUCAUCACUUCUACGACGAGUCCAAACCUUUCACGUGUCUGGAUGGCUCAGCCACGGUCCCAUUUGAUCAGGUCAACGACGAUUACUGUGACUGCAAGGACGGCUCGGAUGAGCCAGGCACGGCGGCCUGUCCCAACGGGAGCUUCCACUGUACCAACACAGGCUACAAGCCCCUGUACAUCUCCUCCACCUGGGUCAACGACGGCGUGUGUGACUGCUGUGAUGGAACAGACGAGUACAACAGUGGCAUCAUCUGUGAAAACACCUGCAAAGAGAAGGGCCGGAAGGAGAGGGAGACCCUGCAGCAGCUGGCCGAGGUGACCCGCGAGGGCGUCCGCCUGAAGAAGAUCCUGAUUGAGGAGUGGAAGAAGGGCCGAGAGGAGAAGCAGAACAAGCUGGCCGAGCUGCAGGACCGGAAGAAGUCCCUGGCUGAGCAGGUGGAUUUGCUGCGGGCCGCGAAGGAGGAAGCCGAGAAGCCCGAGAAGGAAGCCAAAGAGGAGCACCGGAAGAUGUGGGAAGAGCAGGUGGCCCGGGCGCAGAGCGAGCAGGAGCAAGCACGCGUGGCCCUGAUCUUCCAGGAGCUGGAUGCCAACAUGGACGAGCGGGUCUCAGUGGAUGAGCUGCAGACACACACUGAGCUGGACACGGACGGGGACGGGGCUUUGUCAGAAGAGGAAGCCCAGGCCCUCCUCGGAGGGGACACACAGGUGGACAGGGUCACCUUCUUUGACCGGAUCUGGGCGACCAUCAAGGACAAGUAUCAGACGGAGGCACUGCCCCCUGAGCAGCCCGCAGCCCCCGCUUCCGACCAGCUGACACAGCCGGCGGAGCACGAGCAGGAGGUGCCCCCAGGACCCCCUGAGGAGGAGGAAGAGGAGGAGGAGGAAGAGCGGGAGGAGGAGGACGAGGAGCCAGAGGAGGAAGAGGAGCCGGAGGAGGACGUCCAGGUGCCAGGGGAGCAGCCCCUGCAGGAGGCCCCGCCCCCACUGGCCCCGGCCCCGCCCGCCAGCGCCGCCCCUGAGGACCCCUCGGCUCAGAUGCCGCCCUACGACGCCUACACGCAGGGCCUGAUCGAUGCUGCCCAGAAGGCCCGCAGUGAGUUUGAGGAGGCCGAGCGGUCACUGAAGGACAUGCAAGAGACCAUCAGGAACCUGGAGCAGGAAAUUUCCUUCGACUUCGGCCCCAGCGGGGAGUUCUCCUACCUCUACAGCCAGUGCUAUGAGCUCUCCACCAAUGAGUAUGUCUACCGGCUCUGCCCCUUCAAACUGGUCUCGCAAAAGCCGAAACUUGGGGGCUCCCCCACCAAUCUUGGCACGUGGGGCUCGUGGGCCGGGCCGGAACAUGACAAGUACAGCGCCAUGAAGUACGAACAGGGCACGGGCUGCUGGCAAGGCCCCAACCGCUCCACCACUGUGCGCCUGCUGUGCGGGAAAGAGACAGCGGUGACCAGCACCACGGAACCCAGCCGUUGCGAGUACCUCAUGGAGCUGACCACACCCGCCGCCUGCCCAGAGCUGCCCCCUGAGAUGCCAGAAGUGGACCACGACGAGCUCUGAGCUGCACAUGCAGAGGUGGCGGGGGCAGCAUGGGCAGAGGACAGAGGACAGUCUCCCACCCUCACCUCUACCCUCACCUGUGCUCCUCCAGCCCCAAAACCGCAAGGCAUGAAACCAGCCCCUCAGUCUGCGGACCAAGCCUGCCCCCCGGUCUCCUGCUCCCCGCACACCUCCCCGGGGCUAGGAACCAUAUGGGGGCUCCAGGCCCUGCUCUUCGGGGGCCAGACAGGGUAGAGGCAAGUUUCCAGGCCCCAGCGGCCUCUGAUGCAGUUAGAGAGUAUACCCUCCCGGGACCCCCUCUGCCCCCCCACACACCCAGGGCAGCCCCUCCUGCAGGGGACAUGUGACUCGACCUGUGACCUCAAAACAAUAAACGUGAUGGGCCCCCAAGUGUCGGUGCUUGCCGUAUUUUGCAUGGGGAGAGGUGUGGAAGGGCUAACAGCUGGCUGACCAUCUUAACACCUUUUUCUUUUUUUUGGAUUUUGGGGCCACACUAGGCAGUGCUCAGGGGUUCCUCCUCGCUCUACACUCAGAUCACCCCUGGUGGGGCUCUGCGGACCAUGGGGAUUGAACCUAGGUCCAUGUGUGAGGCAAAUGCUCUCCCUGCAUAGUAUCACUCCUGUCCCAAGCUUCUACACAUCUAAGAUGAAAACAUCCACAUUUGGAUAUGUGAAUGUCACCCUGAGGGCGUUCACACCUGGAGGGGUCACCCUCAGGACAGUCAUACCUGGGGUCACCCUCGGCAUUAAUACUUGGGGGGGGUCAUCCUGAGGGUGGUAAUACCUGGGUGGGUCACCCUGAGGGUGUUCACACCUGGUGGGGUCACCCUGAGGGUGUUCACACCUGGAGGGGUCAUCCUCAGGGUAUUCAAACCUGGGACUCAACCUGAAGGCUUUCACACCUGGGGGUCAUCCUGAGGGUGUUAACUCCUGGGUGGGUCACCCUGAGGUUGUUCACACCUGGUGGGGCAGGUCAUUCAUCUCGCCUGUUAACACCUGGGAGAGUCAUCUUGCGGGCAUUCACACACAGCCCUGGCUGACUGGAGUUCCCUAAUCCCCAGCAGUGGGGUGGGGGCUGACCAGGACCACAGCAGCAGCUGCCGUUGAUGCCCCCUCCCCUGGUGCUCAGACACCCACCAAGGUUGUAAGAUUCUGAACUUUUAUUUUCUGGCAUGAAAAGUACAAAUAAUUAAACAAUUCCAUGUAAAAGUCUGUUACCGCGCCAGGCCUGUAAUCCCGGUAAUAAAUAGUCUAAACGCAACGCAAAGUGUUCUCGUCGGGUUCAGGGGUUUGGGUGGUGGUUUUUGUUACUUUUUUUUGUCUUUUUUUUUUUUUUUUUUGAACAGUUCUUCAUCACA